AUGUAUAUAUUGUCAAUGGAUGAAAAUACAGCUAUUAAGAGUCAGAAAAAUGGUUUGUUUUUAGCUAUCGAGAAAGGAUGUCAUAAAGUUGCCGAAAAGAUUUUGGAGAUAAUAGAUAACAACGGUUGGAAUCAACUUCUCACUAAUCAUUACCAGAAUAUCUUGCAUUUGGCACCAUUAUGCACAACCACUACCAACCAUGAAUCAACAAACCAAGUUGUUAAGCUCUUAGUAGAAGCUUACAAAGAAGAGUUUCCAAACUGGGAUGUGAGUGACAUUUUCGCGUUGCCAUGGUUUGCAAAGAAUAAAGCAAAUGAAGGGCCUCUGCACUUGGCCAUACAAAACCAACAUGAAGAGCUUGCAUUAGACUUAUUGAAACUUCAUCAGGCUGAUGAUAUUAAUGAACUACUAGAUUAUUAUGUCCCGGAACACACUACUUUGUUUCAAGCUAUAGAGAAUAACUGCCCUCAAGUAGCUGAACAUAUAUUAUCAAGAUUGGAUGAGGAUACUUGGAGUAAAUAUCUUAAGGAUUCCUUUGACGGCCGGAAUAUAAUGCAUCUAGUUCCGAUGUUGACAAAUGAAAAAUUUGGGACAUGGCUUGUAAAUGAAGUUCCAGAAUUCAUCACUCAAAAAGACGUUAAUGGACAAUCAGCUUGGGAUAAAGCGUAUGAAAUUGGUCCUGCAUGGUUCAUAAAAGCUGUUUUGGAAAAGGAUCCGACAGUAUUCAAUAGUGCACCAUUGGUUUGGACCAAAGCAUGUGAGAAAGGUCAUGUUUCAGCCCUUUGUGCCUUCAUCAACCAUAAUCCUGGAGCGUUUAGAGAUCUUUGUAUUGAACAUAAGGAUUCACCUUUACACCAUAUACGACUUCCAAAUUUAACGAAUGAAGGAUCUAAUCAAUCUUCAAGAUUCCAAAGGGAAACGUUACUCAGUUUGGAUAAGAUAAUAUAUGACAUCGAGGAUGAUGGAAAUGUAUCUGCCAUAGAUUUGUUGGCUCAAGAAUGCGACGACAAGCAGUCAUGGGAUCGGAUGUGCAAAAGAAUUGGACUUGAUCCGAGGAUAAAAACAACAUACUUUCAAAGUAAGACAAACUUAUUAGAUGUACGAAAUUCUUUGUUUGUGGUGGCGGCUUUAUUAGCCACCAUCACAUUUACUGCUGGAUUCACUCUCCCUGGUGGAUUCAAUCAAGAUACUGGGGAGGCACUUUUGGCUAAGGAGGCAGCGUUUUUGGUGUUUCUAAUAUCUGAUACAUUGGCCUUAUUUUUCUCAAUGUUGGUGUUAAUAUGUCUGAUAUGGUCCAUGGUGUACGAUUCUAGUAAAUCACUGGUAUUGAUUGAUAAAAGUAUGGUGUUACUCCGUGUAGCACUUAACUGCACUUUGUUGGCGUUUAUGACGGGCGUGUAUAUUGUUGUAGCCCCAAAGUCACUGUGGGCAGCUAUCGUCAUUAUUGUCAUCAUCGGUGCUCUCAUUGGAAUUUCAGUGAAUAAGAAUCUUUUGUAUGAUGUUCUGGAUAAGUUAAUCCCUUCUCCACAUAAGAAGCCCAGAGAUCGAAUCCGUCAGGUGGAAUUAGGUAUCUCUAGUGACCAGAUUCACUUGCUUAAUACUCGUGGGGAAAACUCAAACGAAGACUCACAAAAUGCUAGCCAGAGAAAGGAAGACUUAGACGCGGUAGUGUAA